AUGUCUCAAUCACUGCGUCCUUAUCUCCAAUGCGUUCGGUCCUCGCUGACCGCCGCCCUUGCAAUCUCCAACUUCGCGUCCCAAACCUCCGAGCGACAUAAUGUCCCCGAAAUCGAGGCCGCGAGCUCCCCCGAACUUCUCCUUAACCCUUUGACAGUUUCACGAAACGAGAACGAGAAAGUCUUAAUCGAACCUAGCGUGAACAGUGUGCGCGUUAGCAUCCGGAUAAAACAGGCGGAUGAAAUCGAACACAUUCUUGUGCACAAAUUCGGCCGUUUCCUAACCCAACGUGCUGAGUCCUUCUUUAUACUGCGGAGAAAGCCUGUGAAGGGCUACGACAUCUCUUUCCUCAUUACAAACUUCCACACGGAAGCAAUGCUGAAGCACAAAUUGGUUGACUUCAUCCUUCAGUUCAUGGAGGAGGUCGAUAAGGAGAUUUCUGAGAUGAAGCUUUUCUUGAAUGCGCGCGCUCGAUUCGUUGCUGAAUCUUUCUUGACACCGUUUGACUAG